AUGGCGACAGUUGAGGAACUCACAGGGAUCGUUAAAGGACUAGCUGACGUGGUAAAGUCCCAGCUAACAAACCAACAUGAUGCCCAAGAAGCAAAUCGACAACACAUCGAAGCACUCGCGAAAACUGUCGCAGAUUUAGCCACAAAUUCCCCAAGUUCAAGCCAUGUUGACACUUUGAAGUUGCCUCAAGUGGUUUUACCUCGCUAUACAGGUAAGCCUGACGAACAACUUGACCGUUUUCUUGACCAGCUUACGACGCUAUUAAAAUCUUCUGGAGUUCCAGCUAAACAUUGGACAACCUAUCUGAAGCAACAGGUGCAGCAAGAUUUACGUGCUUAUGAUUCUGUUGUGUUUGCUGAAGAAGAAUGUAAACAUGCUCUUGCAGAGGACCCUGCCAAUAUUACUAUCGAACAGUAUGAAACGUACUUUAACCUUGUCAAAGCCUCGUUAGUUAAGAAACGUGGAAAACCUAAAGAUGAACGUAUACGUGAAUUACUUCAA